AUGGACGCUUUGAAAAUCGUGUUGAUAUGUAUUAUGUGGUAUAUGUGUAGUUCGUGUGAUAACAUUAUAGGAAAAGUUAUUUUAAACGAGUUUCAAUAUCCUAUGACAAUUACAAUGGCUUACCUAGUGACAUUGUCAGUUGGUUUGGAACCAUUCUUACGGUACAUGAAAGUACCAACUGAGUUGAAUAUACCGAAACGCUAUUAUUUUACUAUGAUCAUUCCCUUAGCUUUAGGAAAAUUUUUGUCGUCAUUAUCGUCUUUCAUCAGUAUAUGGAAAUCAUCAGUCUCCUACGCACAUACAGUGAAAGCCACUCUACCACUCUUUACAGUAGUUUUAUCCAGAGUUAUUUUAAAAGAAAAACAGACAUGGCCUGUGUAUAUAUCUAUAUUACCUAUCAUAGGGGGUGUUAUUAUAGCCACAGUUACAGAGAGCAAAUUUGAAAUUCUGGGUUUAUAUAGUGCUUUAUUUGCAACUACUUGUUUUUCAUUACAAGUCAUCUUCUCUAAAAAGUGUUUAAAAGAGACUGGUCUCCAUCAUUUAAGAUUAUUAGUAUUAUGUUCUCGAAUAGCAGCUAUGUUAUUUAUUCCUUUCUGGCUAUUGUGGGAUUUUAGAAAAAUCAUACAUGAUGAAGAAUUUAUGGAAAGUGGUAAAAUAAUGCAGACUUUAUUCCUGAUACUAUGUGAUUCUGUUUUUAAUGCCUUACAUAAUGUGUUUGCCUUUACAUUACUAUCAAUGGUUAUGCCAUUAUCGUAUGCUGUAGCUAAUGCCACAAAACGUAUUGUCAUCAUAUCUAGUUCCUUAAUAAUUCUACAGAAUCCUGUUACUUCAAUGAACAUUGUAGGAAUGUUAGUGGCAAUAUUUGGAGUUCUAUGCUACAAUAAGGUUUGUUCCUUUUUCUAUAGAAAUUUGAGUUGUGGAAACUAUGUUUUUAUCUUUAAAGCACAACAUUUAUAUUGA